AUGUUUAAUCUAAUGCGUAACUUACUUCCCAAUGAAACUCCCCCUACUAAAGUAAUGUAUGUUACCCCAGCUUUAUAUGCUAAAAGGCGCAUUAUUUGCCGAAAAGAUGACCUGGUUCUUUACGCACCCGAAACAACAAGAGUCCGUUUCCGAAGUAAGUUUGUGUUUGAAGUAAUUUUAUUUAAACAAGGAGUGACAAGAGCUCAAGCAUUCAGCGUAUUUCGAUCAGACAAUCAAGCUGACGCUGAAGAACGCUUCAACUCCCUAAAAGACAAACUUCUAACAUUUCUAGAAAUCGUUAAAGAUAUGAAAACCAACAGUGACAUUCAGAAAAUUUCUGAUGUUAUCUUAUACUAUCCAUCGUGGAAUAUCGCCCAUAUUGCGGCUUAUUUCGCGCUUUAUGAUGCUUUUAAUAACGAUAUUAUUAAGCGUUACUUAAACAGUACAGAUACCGUCACAGGAAUGUCACCUUUACAAGUUGCAUUAACAGCCACAAAUAAUCUAAAACUUGCGCGCUUGAGAACCAUAAACAUUUUGAUAAAAUUAAAAUGUUCGUUAGAUCAUGUUGACCAUAAUGCUAACAGUAUUUAUCACCUUGCUGCGAAAGAAAAUGAAGUUAUUGCGACUCUUCCGCAUGUUUUUCGCCCGCGUUCUUUGAAUAACAAGAAUAAAUUGGGUUAUACCCCUUUACACUUGGCUUGUAUGGCUGAUAAUCUAAAUGGGAAAACUAUUUUUCAAAACAAAUUGGAAUGUGUUGUUGGGUUAUUAAGUAGAGGGGCCGAAACUAACAUUAAAGAUCGCGAUGGGAAUACACCUUUACAUUUAGCUGUUCACUCGGGAAAUACCUCAAUCAUCCAAUGUUUAAUUAUUUUCGGUGCUGAUGUAAAUGCCGUGAAUCGCAAAGAGGAAUCUCCGAGACAUUUAGCCGCUAAAAGUAACAAUUCCACGGGUUUGUAUUGUUUGCAUGCUGUUGGAGCGAGAAGGUGUACCCCAAACGUUUCUAAUUGCGCAAAUGGUUGUAAAUACAAUAACAAUUAUAACGGGGACGCACCACCAAGAAUUUUUAGCUCAGAUCGUGAUUUAUUGAACGAAACGUUAACUGCAGUUACUUCAUUAAAUCGCAAAAAUAAUCUCCCACAAAAAGGAAGAUUACUGUGUUUAGAUGGAGGUGGAAUUCGCGGAUUAAUUUUGAUUCAAAUACUUUUGCAGUUAGAAGCUGCUAUCGGCUGUCCAAUUAACAACUGUUUUGAUUGGAUCACCGGAACUAGCACAGGCGGGAUUUUAGCAUUGGGUUUAGCCGCUGGUAAAACAUUGAAAGAGUGUCAAUGUUUGUAUUUCCGGUUAAAACAACAAAUGUUUAGCGGAAGCCGCCCAUAUCCAAGCGAGCCCCUUGAAACCAUAUUGAAAGAAUGUUUGGGUUCAAACUCUGUUAUGACUGAUAUUAAAGAGCCAAAGCUUUUAAUUCCCGGCGUUUUAGCCGAUCGAAAACCCGCCGAGUUACAUUUAUUUCGAAAUUAUGAGAGUCCCAGAGAAAUUUUGGGUGAUAAACAUAACUCACCUUAUGAAUUACCUAAACCACCGGACGAAACUUUGCUCUGGCACGUUGCCAGAGCCACUGGAGCAGCCCCUACUUAUUUUAGCGCUUUCAAUAAAUUCCUAGAUGGUGGUUUAAUAGCGAAUAAUCCAACAUUAGACGCCUUGACAGAAAUUCACGAAUACAAUUUGGCUUUGAGAGCAAAACUUCGUUGCAGUGAAGAAUGCCCUGCAGAAAUCGUUGUUAGUUUAGGGACGGGUAUUCUCCCGGUUACAGAGUCAAAUAUUUAUCAAAAGCUACAUGAAGAUAGUUGGAAAGGACCAAAACAAGUUUUGGUGUUACAGCCGUUAGCAUAUUUACUCCUUGACCAGGCAACUGCAACAGAUGGCAGAGUAGUGGAUAGAGCAAGAGCUUGGUGUUCUUCAUCAGGAAUCCCUUAUUUUAGGUUCAGCCCACGCUUGUCUGAAGAUUUCGCCCUCGAUGAAAAAUCCGAUGAAAGAUUAUGCAAAAUGUUAUGGGAAACCAAAGCUUACAUACAUGAAAAUAUGGCUUCAAUAAGAGAAGUUGCACAGUUACUUACACAGAAAUAA